AUGUAUUUCCUUAAAUUCUUUCAAUUAACGAAAAAGAACAAGCUAUCGAUCAAAUAAUAGCAGUAAUUUAACUCUAUUCAUUAAAUAUUCUUAAAGAAAGUUGCUGUUCUAAGAAAGAGGAUGGGAAGAGCUAAUCCAUUCGAUUCCUCUUAUUUACAGGUUAUAAUUUUUGAAAACGAACUUGAAAGAUCUUAUUCUUUAUUACACUUCACAAUUAAUUUAAAAUUGCAAAUACUAACAAUGAUGAAAUAAAAGGAGAUUAUUGCUACUGAAUUAAUUUCGAAAAUAGAAAGUAUGCAAAAGUUAAUUAAUUAAUUAAAAGUAAAUUUAAAUUAUUUGAUCUAAUUGAAUGAUGAUAGCUUUGAUCUUUAGAACCUCCAAGCUCUAUUUUUGGAAAAUCUGUGCUUUUCAGAAAAAGAUAUUAAUUUAGUCUAAAUUAAUAAAUAUGCAAGAAAGUAGACUAAAAAUUAUAAUUUAUUUAAGGAAGAUGAAAUGUUAAGCAGUAUUAUUAACAAUGAUAAAUUUGAUGAAAAUACUUCAGUGAUUUUUGUGAGUUACAAAGACUCUAAAAAAAUGCUUAUAAAUCAAGUUUCCUCAAACUUUUUUAACUUGUUUUCUUUCACAAAUAAAGAAAAUAUAAUAGGACGUAGCAUUGAAUCUAUUAUACCUUUAGCGUUUUAAGCUGUACAUAAAAGUUAUUUAAAAUAAUAUCUAUAAGAAGAGAUAACAAGCGAUAUUUUUUCAAACUAUAUUGAAUAUUAAAAUUAAGGAAUUAAUUAAAUUAAAGGCAGCUAAUAAUAACAAAUACAUAUUAACCAGUAAUAAGAUAUUUAAUUUGAUAAUUUAGAAUAAUUAUCUAAAAAGGAGACAAAAGAAAAAAUUUUAAUGUAUUAAUCAAGAGGCUGUAAAAUGAAUCAAUAGAUUAUAUUUGCAUCUUUAAGUUAAAUGUUUGUCUUACCUGUUAGAAUAGAUAUUCGUGUCAACGAGUUUAAAGAAAAUGAAGUUUUUGGUUUAGUGGCUAAAGUUAAAUAAAUCAACAAAGAAUACUAGUACGUUCUUUUUGAUGAAACAGAUUUAAGUGUUAUUGGACUCACUGAAUAAAUGCAUAAGACUUUCUUCCCUAGUUGUGAAAAUUUAUAGAAAAUAAAUCUAAAAUAGAUAUUUCCAUUUUUGAUUGGCACUUAAAAUAGUGUAAAUCCUUAAUCAUAUAUAGACCCAGUUAAUAAUAAUAAUAAUAAUAAUAUAAAAAAUUAACUGCAUAUAAAUUUGAGAGACAAUAUGUAAGAUUUUCUUUAGGAUCAAACAAUUAAUUAAUUUAAAAAUAAUAACACGAUAACUUUUUUAGUCAUCUAAAAUUCAGAUAUGAUAAAUCCUGCUUUAAAUUCUUCGUUAAUGAGUAGUAAAAAGUAAUAAAGUAUGAAAAAGCUAAAUAGAUUGAAAUCAACAAAAGAAACUUCAUCUUAUAAUUUUAUUUAUGUUGAGUUUAUUCUGAAAAGAUUAAAUUAUAAAGGAGUUAACAAUGUAAGCUAUAUUGAAAUUGUGAAGAUGAGAUAACUUCAUCCUAUUUUUUAAGCUCCAAUAAUUCUUUAAGAAAUUACAAAUAAAAGAAAGCAAGAUAUUUAUUCUCAGCUUUUCAGUUUUCCAGAAGAACUUUAAAAUAUAAUAUUUGAUUUAGAAUAAAAAACAAUAAAUUAUAAUCAGAUUAAUUUAUAUGAUUCUUAAUUAAACUUGACUUCGCGAAAUUAAAUUAAUUAAUAUUUAUUACAAGAGAAAAGUAACAUCGAUGAAUUAAAUAAUAAUCUUAAAAUGUAACAACAACAACUACUUUGUAAGUCAUAAACUAUCGGAGACGAGAGCACAAAUCUAGAGUUAACUAAAAUCAAAAUAAAUAAAAUUGAGAAUAAAAAUGUAAGUAGUUAAGAUCUUGAAUUAUGUAGUUAAAUAUUGAAAUAAUAAUCAAUAAAAUAAAAAUAAUAAUUUAGAGAUUAUUCAUAAAAUCAAUAUGGCAAAUUAAAUAGUAAUUUAAACUAGAAAGAACAAUUUUAGAUUUAAAAUAUCAAUUUAUAAAAUUAAAAAUUUAUUACUUCAUUGAAAGAGAUAUCAAAUCUUUUUAAUGAAGAAGGUGAAGACCAUUUAAACAGAACUAAUUUUGCAUUUAAAGAUAUAAGUGUAGAUAAAGUGUAAGAAGAUUAGUAAAAUUUAAAUAAUAACUUUACUUUACUUUCUCCUUGCAGAUCAGACAAAGCAUUAAAUACAGAACUAGUUUCUCCAGUAUAUAGCAAUUAUAUUCCUAGCCAUUCUCAUUUUUCAAACUAAGAGAUCAAAUAUAACGAGUUUAAAUCAUAUUAAACAAAAGAAACUUCUUUAUAAGAUUUAGAUUUUAUUAAAAGUUAGUCAAAAUAAAUAUUUAAUCUGACAAGUAAUAACUUACAAAAGAUUGAAGAAAAAACCUCAAUCAAUAAAUUUAUUAAUACAAACUAUAAUAGAACUCCAAGCAAAUUAGCAAAUAAUAAUGUUCUUUCUUAAAAACAUUAACAUUAAUUCAAUAGUCAAUUUGAUUUUGAAAAAUAAGGUAAGUUGCAUUUCAAAGAUAAAAAUUAUAAAAAGAAGCAAAUUCAAAAUAUACAGAAUGAUAUUGCUUCUACCAGUUCUAAAGAUUCAAGUUCAGCAUCUGCAAAAAGAUUGCUUGAAUAGAUUGUGGCAGAUAAGUCAGUUCUUUAAGUGAUUAAGGUUAUUAAAGUCAUAGGUAUCGUUUGCUUUGCUGUUAUGAUAUUCAUGACUUGGUUUUAGUUUAUCUCUAUGGAAAAAUAACUUUCAAAUUCUAAUGAAGAUUUCAAAGUUUUUAAUUGGCCAACUUCUUAUUCUUCUUGCUUAAGUGACAUUGUUAAAUAUAAGAAUACUUUAUAUCUUAUUCAGUACUCAAAAUAGUUGUCUUUUUCAAGUUAACAGUAAAAAUAACUCUUUUAAAAUAGAAUGUAAUCAGAACUAGAGUUUACUUUAGUUGAAGUUUAUGAUUUAUUGUCUUAAAUGUCAAAAGAAAACACAGAUAGGUAGGUAUUUAAAUAUAUAAGAGAAACUCAAAGUUUUUAUUCUCUUGGAUAAAUGUAUAAUACUACACUCUUAACUUCUACUCCAUCUGAUAAAAUUGGAGUUUUUAGCUAUCCUCAUUACACAAGUUUAUUGUCAAGUAUUUUACUAGGCAUUUAGCUAACUUUUCGUUACACACAUAAUUUAGGUAAUGGGAGACCUGAAUAUUAUUUGCUACAAAAUCAACUGUAAGCAAUUUUAGAAUUAGAAAAGGUUUAAAAUAACAUUCUAGUAGAUUAAUAAAAUGAUUAAUAAUAUAUCCAAGAUUAAUUAACCAUUUUAAUCGUGGUUUUAGUCAUAAUAAGUGCGGCAUGUGUAGCAGUUAUUAUCCCCUUCUACUUUUACAUUCAAAAAGAAAGAGAGGCUAUAAUAUAUCUUUUUACUACCUUUCCAAUAAUAAAGUUGGACAAAUUGAUAAAAAAUAUUUAAAAUUCCCUCCUUUUUCAUUUAUUUAAUAAUGGUAUGCUACCCAAUUAUAAUUAAAGUCCUAACAUAAGAUUACUUGGAUAAAACUAUCAUAGACCUGCAAACUACAAAUCAUAUCUUUUGCAAAAUAUAGCAAUGCACUUUAAUAUUUUAACAAUGAAAGUUAAUCCUAAACUAAAACCUAUGCAGCCAGACACAUAUUAUGAUUAUUUAAAAACACUGAUCAAGCAAUAGGAGGAUAUCUUAAAUGAUAUUUAAUGGAUUACAAAAUCUUAAUAUUAAUAUUAAAGAUUUAAGUAAGAUGAAUAUGAUGACUUUUUCUUCUCUGCUUUUAAAAGCAAUUUAUGCGAUUCUUUUAAGAUUUACCCUCAAUAUAAUACUAAUUCAACUAGAAUUAAUGUUGGUAUUUGUAAUCAAUCACAAUAAGGAUUCUUAUCAUAAGGCCUUUAAAUAGCUUACAAAAGUCUGCUAAACUAAUUUAUUGACCUAUAUAACAUAUAUAUGAUAGUUGACUAAUCUUAAUAAUAAUCUUAAAUUUCUAAUUUUUUAUCAAAGUUUGAUAUUUAAGAUUACUUAGCAUUUAUUGAAUUUUUAGAUGAGGCAAUUAUCAGUUUGAAUAAAUUUGUUUUAACAUAAGGAAACAAUUACUAUUUAUAAAUCAAAAUAUGGUUGAUUGUUUUGAUUGCUUUUCAAAUGGUUUUAAUGGUCUUGAUUUUUUCUUUUGGUUGGAUUUCUUUCAGCAAUUAUUUGAAUGGUUAGCUGCAUAAAACUAAAAAUUAUUUAACAAUUCUUGAUGUUAAUACUUUAAUUGAAAAUCCCUAUAUACUAACUUAUAUUAAAAAAAACACUGUUGUAUGA